AUGGAGCCGAACACAGUGCCGACAGAAAGACUUCGGUAUGGAAAGGGGCUUGCGCUACUUUCACUGGACGGCGGCGGUAUCCGUGGUUUGUCGUCGCUAUACGUUUUACAACGCCUUAUGGAGCAGCUGGAUCCCGAGAACCCACCAAGGCCUUGCGACUGUUUCGACCUUAUCGGUGGCACGUCUACGGGCGGACUCAUUGCACUCAUGCUAGGGCGCCUGCGUAUGACGGUCGCGGAAUGCAUCGAUGCAUACCAUGAGCUUAUGCCGGCUAUCUUUGAGAAGGCCAAACAUCGCUACUCUAUCAGCAAGGGUAAACUCCAAGGGAGAUACGAUGGUAAAGCUAUAGAGGAGGGGGUUAAGCGCAUACUCGAGGAACGUAACAUUAGACCAGACGAGCUUCUCAAAGACCCCGGCUCCACAUGCAAAACAUUUGUCUGUAUAUGGGAGGCAGCUCGUGCCACUUCAGCCGCGACAACCUUCUUCGAACCUAUCAAGAUCCUCCAUGAAGAGUUUGUGGACGGUGCCUUUGGUGCAAACAACCCGAUCGACGAAGUCUGGACAGAAGCUGGUGACAUAUGGACACGCAAUACUGGAGAAACACUAGAAGACAACAUAAGUUGUUUCGUCUCCAUUGGAACUGGUAUACCGGCUUUUGGAAAAGUUGACGAGUCACUCGUUGGUAUGGUGCAGACGCUGAAAGCGAUAGCUACCAACUGUGAGAGCGCCGCUGAGAGAUUUCAACGACACCAUCCUGCGCUCGACGGGCGUUUCUUCCGUUUCAACGUGCCAAGAGGUCUGGAGAAUAUAGGGCUGGAAGAGAUCAACAAGGCAGGCGACCUCAUCGCUGCUACCAGACAGUAUCUAGAGUCACAAUCGGCUUUCCUCGAUAUCGAAAAGUUCCAGUCGGCCUUUCAGCAGCGACAGCGUACGUACCCUACGGAGCAGAGGGAAAGCGGACUGUCCAGCUGA